AAGAAAGGCGCGGGAAGAAGGUUCUCCCGGCGCGGGUGACGGCCGGCCCACCGACCUACAUAGCGCGUCUUUCGCCGGCCUGCUCGUUAUAAGAAACCAGUCUGCCGGUUGCGUCGGCGGACUCGAGCGAACGCACACCACCACUCCGCGGCCAACUCCUCUUCUCUUCGUCAUCUUCAGCGUCGCCGUCGUCCAUCCCGGCUUAGCGGACGAGUAGCGGCGCGUCGGCACUCAAACCACAGGUGCCGCAAUCCGGUCAAGCGGGGAGGCAAGGAGCAACAGCUUCCUCGGACACCACCGUCACCGGGGACCGUCCCAAAGCCGCAGAGGUGAACCGAGAGGAGGAAGAGUGACGCAGGAGAGUGUCGUCGGGCGGCCGGCUUUCCCAAGGCGGACGCCAUGGGCCAUCAUGCCGCGGGGGUCACAGGCCUCAUGCUCCUGUUCUUGGUGUUAACCAAGUGUCCUGCUGCCGAAGGGGAACCGAAGACGGGCGCGCUUCCCGAAGAUCGCGCCCCGACUAGUCCAGCUGCCACCGACGGGAACGCGACGCAGUCGCCCUUGGUGCCUCCACGACCGGGCAGGCGCGUCAUCGUGUACAUGGGGAACCGGCCGUGGUUCUCCAGCAUGUACGGAGCAGCCGACGCCAGCCGGACCGAGUACCACGUGCCUUCUUCCGAGGCCAAGCCGUCGACGGCGGGAGUCAGAAGGAGCGACGGUCACUCACUUUCGCCCAAGGAAAGUGGUCAGACUGGCGUCGCCACGGGCCCCGCCGUAAGCGACAAGGCGAACAAGCUCAGCAGCACCACUCUCCUGGCCUCGGAGACCACGAGCAACGAGGCCAGCACGGAGGCCGAGAACGACAGGUCCGACCUCAUCGGCGAGCUGGACGUCAACAAGCAUCCGCCUCCACCCCUGCCGCCGUUCAACGGCCCCAAGAUCGAGUUCCGCACGACGACCGUGCACCACACGUCGCCGCCCAGAAACGACGACGCAAGCGGCGCUUUCCAGCAGGACCGGAGAGGAAGCGAUGCCGACGUCUCGGCGGCGCCGGUCAUCGGCGCCAACCGUCGCGCGGCCUUGCAGGAAUCGACUGCCGGAAGGUCUUCUUCCGCGCAGCUGAGUGCAGCCAGACAGGAGGAACUCGCGGACCGCAACCAAAACUCGAGGUACUUCACGUUUGGUGCUGGCAGCGCUACGGCCGGCGGAGGCUCCAGAAGCAACAACGCCUUCGGGACGACCGGAAAUGACGACGGCGAGUCGUCGCGCGACGACGUUCCCGCACCGUUUAACGGCGGCGAUGACCGCUUCAACCAGCAACGGUCGACGUUCGGCGGAGGUCAGGACAACCGGAGACCAGCUUUGCCGCCGCUUCCACCUCCGCCACCGCCGCCGCCUGCGGCGCCGGCACCUACCGCGUCUCCGCCGACCGCGUCGACUUUCGGAACCACCCGCUUCCACUUGUCGUUCCCAUCAGGGCCCGCGAUCUUCGGCAACAACAGCCUCGCCAACAGGGGCGACUUUCAAUUUGAGACGGCUCACGAUCAGGACUCCUCGUCCGCACAGAGAGACGGUGACGGCAGAUCCGGUUUCACCAGCGCCGAACAGAGAACGACACCUCCGGUGAGGAGUCAAGCCUUGCGGCAGUUCCCGACGCUUCCUGCAUCACGUGCUCCUACUUCAGUGACUCCCCCUCCGCCGCGGAGAACUGCUAGCGCAGAACGGACUUUCCAGACGUUCGCAAACCAAAGGACAAGCACCUUCAGUUGGCUGACAAUGGCGCCCCUAACGCGCCUUCUUCGGCAGGCCAAACGCUGCGCUUCAACUUCAGGGACUCCAGUGGUCAAGCGAGGACGAACCCACCGCCGCCACCGCCUAGGCCGGUUCAGACGCCGGUGACGAACUCCUUUGUCACGUACUUUACUAAUUCGGAUUCGAGGCAGCCGCAGAAGUCUGCACCACUAACGGACACUCGGGACAGUCAACAAGCUCAACCGCGGCUAAACUUCCGCAGCGGUAGCUUCCAGACAAC